AUGUGUAUAUUCAGGAUCACUACUUAUGAUGAGUGUUGGGGUCAAUAUACUCACUUAUUAAUUUGCUCCGACGAAUCAUCCAAUAACAAUGAACUUACCAUUCCACAAGAUCGAGUUCUUUCGGCCCUCAAAUGUCCCAACUUGAAAUCCGAGCAUAUCAACGUCGGCGGUUCGAGAUGUAAUUGCAAAAUCAAUCCGCAAGCUUUCAACACUAUUUGUAAGAGGAUGUGGGGAGGUGAUUUUGUCGGAAGUGUUAACUGUAGCAUGAAUCCCGGAUCUGCAGUAAAAUUUCAAUUUCGCGGCAGAGAAUGGGACAACUGCACCAAUGUGGAUAUGUUACUGAGAGGAGGAGAUCGCAAUGUUCCAGAUGAAUAUGAUCCUAGUGCGCAAGCAUGGAGUGAUCGUGAGUGGGAUGGAGACAAUAAACAGGUAGAUUGGAGAGACAAGGAUUGGGUCACGUUGGCAGAGAAGGGAAUGGUUACGUGGCAGAGUCGCAAGAUUCGAAAGCCCACUAACGUUCAAGAUCCGAUGAUUUCAGGAGAAAUCCAGUCUUCUGAGAUGAGUCAAACUUACGAAGAGGUCCAACUGGACAAAAGCGAAAUGUUUUCGACCGAGCACAAUUUAACGAGACCAAAAGGUCAGAAGCUCCGUCCACGACAUACCUCGACAAACCGUCAUGUUGGAACUAUUGGUGAUGCUGUAGUCGAGUGGAGACGAUUGAAAGACCAGAAAGAAGCCGCUGUGGAUGGUCAUCAGAAUUCGAGCGUUAGUCAGCCACAAUACCAGAGGAAAGCUUCAGUUCCACAAAUCAACCAGGCUGAACAUGGAAGACAGCUGACGAUUGAUACCAACCUUAAGAGUCAACAAAAUGCGCUGUCAUCAUCGGCUGCCACUAUUCAAACCCCAUCAAUAUUUCCAACCGGUCCAAAGGCUAUGCCAGUUCGGAAGGCAGAGCGACUGCGUAGAGGGAGAAAGAAUAGGCAGGAAAUUCAAUCAGGAGAACAAUCAGCUGCAUCUACGGGGAUGCGUUCAACUAUUCCACUUGGGCCGAAGUUAAUGCCUGUCUGGCAAAAAGCACAGAUUCUAAAGGAGAAACAGGAACUGGAGAAGAAGAAUAUCGGAAUCCCGCCGGGAAAUUAUCAACAAAAUUCGAUGGGUCCGGCUGCCGCUACUGCCACCCAUGAUAAGAAUAUCCACGACCAGGACGCAAGCCAAGUAACUUUACAAAUUCCUGCUUCGUUGGAAACUUCUUCAGCUCUUGUUGCUGCAAGUGAAAGCUCGCAAGACCAGUGCGAGAGGGUAAAUGAUCAGAAGAGAAACAAAUUCUCGCACAAUGCCUACGAACAAGGAGUUGUCCUGCGGGAAAAGAAAUCGAAGGAUCAAGUACAUGAAUCUCGUCUGUCUGUUCAGGAUGGCUUCCAACAUGUCAGUGUACAAACUCCUAGCCGAGAGGAUAAUAACUCGUCUACCAACACUUUAAGUAAACCAUGGAAUGGUGUACCGGAAUAUGUCGUUUCUCAAGAGUACAACAAUACUUUACCGGAGUCUGAUGAUAGGAACUUCAGAUUUAACAACUACACUCCUUCUAAACGCCCUCUAGAAAAGGUCCAAAUGACAGAUCAUAAUGAGGCAUCGAACUCUACACCUAAAGAUUCCUAUGAAACUUUGCACCAAGCUUUAAGACCGCAAGCAGCUCCACAUGUCGUUUUAGAUCCUGCAUGCAGAGGAGAUCUGACACCUCUUGAGCUACGCCAAGUGGAAAGAUCUCAAGCGAAAUCUGCAAACCCUGAAUUUCAUCCAUGUUCGAGUCUUAGUAAAAUCGAACAAGAUGAACCCCAAGCUCUUGAGCGGGAACAGAAAACUCAGGAUAAUGUACAGACUCAGAGACAAUUCAGUGUUUUUACACAGGAACCAGAUCAUUCACAGCAAAAUUUCCAAAGAAAGGCAAUCAGAAAGCUCCAAGAAAUUGAAGAGCAGUCAAAGAUACCAGGCAACAGAAACGAGCGAGAUUUUCUCCAUGAUUUCAGUCAGCUUGAUGCUUUCUUACAGGACUUCACGAUUUCUCAGCAGGAUACCGCUCGGGAGAUGUGGAUGGCGGAAAAAGCCAAGGUUGAUAGGAAGUAUAGUAAGUUCUAUGAAACCAUUGCUGCUCCUGGCAAAGCGGUCACAAAUAGCCCACAAGGAAGUGAUAAAGUAGUCAAGCAGCUACGUCAAAAGAAAGUCGACGAGGACAAUGAUUUUGAGGAGAAAUCUGUUGAACACGGGUCUCUUCCUCGAAACGAAAUUUCACCUGCGAAUACCUCUCGCCUCUCGCUGAAAUCAGAAUUACCCCAUCUACUCACGAGGAAGCGUAAGACCAUACUGUUGGCAAACAUGCUACAUGAUCAAGACAUGAAGGAGAGGUUUGUGCAGGAUGUCCCGUUUCAGCAACAAAAUGUGGCCCGUGAUAGUUGGAUUAUUGUAGCAAAAUUGGUAGAUCGCCGCUUACAGAAACUCCUCGAUCAAAUCAGGACAUGCGUUGUCGCUGAAGGCGUAGAAAAUUAUUCUGAGGACGUUGAAUAUAAUGGAGAGGAGCACCGACAAGCUCAAGAAAAGAUACUAAAAAGUGUUAAUCGAAAAUUUGGCGAGCAGCUCAGGAAACUUGAACGUUCAGCGAAAACUCUAGAAGAGAAACGAGUUCGUGAAGCCGAGAAGCAGAAGAAGCUCAAUCAUCGCAAAUCAUUCAAAGAGCAAAACCGGGAUGAUGACGUUUCCGAUCUUUUGAAUCACAAUGGUCGUGCAGAAGCUACAAGUAACCAACAGGAACUGAUCAGCACUUCUCUUGGAGAUCAGACAAUGGGAGAUAUUUUGGAUGUAGAUGAAGAUGCCGAUAUUAAAGUACAACAAAAGCGAAAGAGAGACGUUCAAUAUCUUGAUCAUUCUCCACGCAUGUCUGCCAAGAAGAGAAAGUCUGGCGAAAAUAAGAUGGCUGUUGAGAGCGAACGGGCACGUAACCAGAGAUUGAGGACCCUAUAUUAUUCAGGACUCAUUCCGAGUAUGGAAUAUGCCACGGGUCUUGAGAAGGCUGACGCUGCCAAACUACAAGUCGAAAACAAACAGGACCAAGACAAGCGAAAGGAUAAUUCCCAGUAUUCUGAACCAAUAACUUCGAAAGAUGAGAUGUCUAGCAAUAAUAAACCCCAGGCCCAAAGCUCUGUACGCAAAUCAUGGAUCGACAUUGACUUCGAAGCUCAGGACAUACUUACUAAGACUAAUCGACGAGAACAUAGACAGAUAUUAAUCCCCGAGACUUUCCACCUCUCGUUUCAGGCACAAUUCCCGAAACUACCAAAUGAAUCGGAAUUCGAGUUUCGCGAAAGAAAGCUUGCUGCAUUCGUCGUCAGCGAUGAAUACAAACAACCUCGAUCAGCUGGCUCGGGUACCAGGAAUAGCACAUUGACUAAUGGUCAAGAACAAGCUGACAGUGAUGAAGAUCUGUCGGAGUAUCUACCAUCAGAGCUUACUAGAUACACGUUAGGUAUGACUCAGUCAAAUUUGAGCAACGAAGCUGGUACGCAUGCCGAGAAGGAGCAAACUAGAAAGCCGAGACUCACGCGUCAAGCGAAGACUAUUUCUGCUCGAGAAGAAUGGCUUCGAAAGCAAGAUGCUAGAAACUUUGAGGGACAGAGACAACAAGUCGGUAACACCGGCAAUGCCAGAGUCGAAGGGAUGGUAGGCAUGCUUGUUGGUGGAAGAAUUGAUGUUGACGACCAGAUUUCGAGCAAUAUGAGCGACAAUCAAGGACUUGCGGGAUAUAGAUCAGAGAAAAAUGCUUAUAGGAAGAUGGAAGGUGGUAGCCGAUCGCAAAGCAGAGGGGUUUUCGGAACUGAACAACAAUUCCAGUCGUUCAAUAAAAAUUUGUCAGCGGUAGUCCAGCACAAUGAUGCAGUUAUGGCAGGGAGCAAUAUCGAGACAGCUAUUGAUUUGACGUCUGAUUGA